CUCGUUGUCGUUGCGGUUGAAGCGGCCAUGGCUGUGCCACGAAGACCGGCUACAAGCUCGCGCGCGAUGGAUCACUACAAGGUGCUGGGGUUGCAGAGAAGCGCGACCAAGGAGGAGAUCAAGGAAGCGUUCCGCAAGCUGGCGAUGAAGUACCACCCGGACAAGCACUCGCGGUCCUCGAAGGCCGUCAGAGACGACGCCACCCUGCGGUUCAAGCGGCUCUCCGAGGCCUACGAGGUCUUGACCGACGAUCGCAAGCGCGCGGACUACAAUUUGCGCUCCAGCAGUGGGAAUUACUACGGUAGAGCUGGUGGAGCCAGCACGAGCACUGGGUACGGACACGGAUAUGGCUAUUCUCGCGGUGAUUAUAGUAGGGGCAAUGAUUAUUCGUACGCCCGUGCGAGAGGUGAGGGCGUUGGUGGAUUAAGUUCUAAGUUUGAAGCGGCAUUGCGGUUUAUGACCACUCGGGCGUUUCUUCUUAAUGUGGCCUUCGCUGGUACUCUAUUAGGUGCCGCAGUUGUCAUUGAUAGGGGAAGGGAGGCCCUGUGGAAGAUGCAAAAUUCGGGGAAAUCAUUUGAAGAAGCAAUGGAAUCCAUUGAGAAGGCGAAAGCUCAAAGAGAUAAGAUGUGAGGGGGAUUUCAAUGGUACCUGUGGCAACAACCAAUCUCAUUGGCAGCUGCAGUUCAGACUGCUACACAUGCUCUUGGACCUGACUAAUGACAGUUCUUUACGCUGUUCUUCCGAUAGUGUUCUUUGUGCAUCGGUCUUUCCACUCAAUGUUCCCAUGCAGUGGGAUAUAUAACUUUAUUCUACUAUUAGGUGGAAGAUCUUACCAAUCAGGGAGUUUUUCGAUGUGAGGUUUUUUUUGUGAUCUCCAUCACGAGUCCCAUUUUUUGUUGUAUGUAGAUUGGUCGAGUCUGCUGGACCAGGUUGAUGUGAUAAUUUCCCCAAAGAUGUAAAUUUCAGAAGAAAUAGAUUUAUGCCAUUGCCUUUUGUGGGUGCCAA